AUGUCGUCCCCAUCACAGCCUGCGACAGCAGAUAGUGGAUACAUAACACAGCCAGCGCAAUUGGAAAACAGCUAUACGUCAGAUACCAGUCUUCGGCGGUCAUUGGAAUGGUAUAUUCCUUCUGCGCUCCUACAGUCGGUAGAAUCACAUUUCGCCCAGCUUGGUGGCGAAGCAGUAUCGGAGCAAGUUCGAGAGUGGACUGCGGAUGCAGAGCGAAAUCAACCCUAUGUGAAGAGUCACAAUGUAUGGGGGAAGCGAUAUGACUAUGACCGCCUGAUCACGACUGAAGGCUGGAAGAGACUUGGUCACUGGGGAGCUCGUCAUAAGGUUGUUGCAGCGGGCUAUGAUUCUGCUCUGGGAUUACAUAGAAGAACUGUUCAAUACGCACUGAACUAUAUCUAUGCACCAUCAUCAGGCCUGUACUCCUGUCCGAUUAGCAUGACAGACGGGGCUGCUUUUAUCCUAUCUUCAAAGAUCAGUGGUUUGCCAUCGACACAUCCAUUCCACGCCGUAUUCAAGGGUCUGGUCUCGGUAAGUGAAGAUCACUGGACCUCGGGUCAAUGGAUGACAGAGAGGGCCGGUGGUAGCGAUGUGCAGAAUACCGAGACCUGGGCUACAUAUUCCCCGCUAGCCAAUCCGUCGGCUUUGGACCCGCUUGGAGAUGGUGAGUACUUGAUUACCGGGUUCAAAUUCUUCUCCUCUGCCACCGACGCCAACGUGGCUCUGCUACUUGCCAAAUCCCCAUCAGGAAAAUUGAGCACAUUUUUGGCUCCUCUGAAACGAACUGUCAUCGACAACGAUGGGGCCGCUCGGAAGGUAUCGAACGGGGUGAGAAUUCAUCGGCUGAAAAACAAAUUAGGUACAAAGGAGUUGCCAACCGCGGAGCUUGAAUUGAAAGGCAUGCGCGCCCAUCUAGUUGGCGAGUUGGACCAGGGAAUCGUCACCAUUGCGCCUCUUCUAAACGUUACCCGCAUUCAUACCUUUGUGGGUUCUCUCUCUGGCUGGCGCCGUGCGAUCAGUAUCGCCAAAAGCUUUGCUAAAGCCAGACAUACGGUCGGGGAGCCUUUGUGGUUGAUCCCCAUGCAUCUGCGACUUUUGGCAGACUUAGAAGUCAAACACCGCGGUGGCAUGAAUCUUGCCUUCUUCACCAUUGCAGUCAUGGGGCUUGUUGAGAACCAACGGCCCGGAGCUUCUGCGCUUUCCCACUUGCCUCAUCCCGGAAAGGAAGCAAAUGCUGUUUUCCGUACCCUGACAGCUACUUCUAAGGCGGUAAUUAGCAAAAUGGCCGUCGCGGGCAUUCAAGAAUGCCAAGAAGCCAUGGGUGGCGUGGGCUACAUGGAUGAGGCCGAUGAGCCUGAGUUCAAUAUAUCGCGGAUCCUCCGCAAUACUUCGGUGAACUCCAUUUGGGAGGGAACCACAAAUGUUCUAGCGAGUGAAGUGGCUCGAUUCCUACUGAAGGGUGAGAACUUGAAUAUAUUUAGCUCGUGGCUGGAUCGUGCUCUAGCUUUGAUUCAAGCUGAGAAAUUACGAGAAACGUUGAGAACUGCGUGGUCUGCUUUCAGAGCCCGAUUCUCUACAAUACACCAAGCUCCCACUGCUAUUCUGGCAGAUGCUCGUCGCUACAUGUUUACCCUGGCAUGGAUUAUUUGUGGUACACUUCUUGCCCUGGAUGCUGAACGUGACCAAGAUCUCGUAAACAUGGAGAUCGCUCGUCGUUGGAUACUCAGUUUGGAAGGUGGCGUUGGCGAAAUGGUGUUCCAUGACAUUGUUGUGCCCCAAGAUGUGAUUUCGAAUGGGAAUGAACACCUCGAAUGGGAUUGCAGAAUUGCCUGGGGCGUUGAGCUCCCUGCCAACCGUGCAUCUGGCCAUCGAUCUCUGCAGAAGAUAGACUCAAAGCUUUAA